AUGGCUAACGAGUGGCUGCUAUGGCUGGCCCUGUCUGCCAUCGUAGCUGCUUGGCACAGCGAGGCAAAAGAGGCAAAGUUCUCCUUUAUGUCCCAGAUUCCUGAAAAAACAACAGGUGUGAGUCCUGUCCACAACGGUCAGGUUUGCAGUACAUGGGGCAACUUCCACUACAAGACCUUUGAUGGGGAUGUUUUCCAGCUCCACUCCGACUGCAACUAUGUCUUGACCUCUUUGUGCAGGAGUAGUUACAAGGACUUCAACAUCCAGAUAAGAAGACGGGAUACUGGUGGCCAUACUCCCAUCAAUAACAUCGUUAUGAAACUGGACGGUACUGUGGUGGAGCUCUCCAAGGGCUCAGUGGUCAUUGAUGACAAACCAGUCAUCCUACCAUUCAGUCAAGCAGGAGUGUUCAUCCAGGAAACUCCCACCUACAUCAAAAUCACAGCAAAGCUGGGAUUGCUUGCUAUCUGGAAUAAAGAGGAUUCUUUUCUGGUGGAGCUAGACCAGAAGUACAGGAACCAAACCUGUGGUCUCUGUGGAGACUUUAAUGGGAUCCAGCUCUAUGAUGAGUUCUACAGCCAUGGUGUGAAAAUAGCUCCCAUUGAUUUUGCUAACUUCUGGAAAAUGGACGGUCCAACUGAAAGCUGUUCCGACUACACACUGGAAUCAACACAAGGCUGCAAUGGCAUGAAACCUGUGUGUGAGGAUAUCCUUACAGGGGUUGCCUUUAACAGCUGUCACAGCCUGCUGGAUGUUGCCUCUUUCACCUCUGCCUGUGUUGCAGACCUCUGCCACUGUAAAAAGGAUAUAGAUGAACAAGCAGAUGCCUCCUGCCUGUGCAACACUUUGUCUGAAUUCUCUAGACAGUGUGUCCAUGCUGGUGGCAAGCCCCAGAACUGGAGGACCAAAGCACUAUGCUGGAAGUCAUGCCCCUACAAUAUGGAGUACAAAGAGUGUGGGAGCCCCUGUGCUGACACUUGCUCCAACCCUGAAGCCAGCCACACCUGUGACAACCACUGUAUCGAUGGAUGCUUCUGCCCUGCAGGAAUGGUGCUGGAUGAUUUGAAUGGAAAGGGCUGUGUUCUACUGAGCAAGUGCUCCUGCAGCUACGACAGCAAGAUCUAUGGACCCGGAGAGUCCUACUCCACUAACUGCAAAAAAUGUGUGUGUCAGAGUGGCCAAUGGAAAUGUACAGAGGAGAACUGUCCAGGAACCUGCUCUGUGGAGGGAGGAGCCCACAUCAACACCUUUGAUGGGAAAGUCUAUACCUUCCAUGGGGACUGCUCCUAUGUUAUGGCUAAGGACUGCAGUGGAGCCCAGUUUGUCGUACAGGGAGAACUGGUGCAGUGUGGACUGACUGAUAGUGAAACCUGCCUAAAGUCUGUUACCUUGGCUUUGUCUGGAGGGGCUAAUGUGAUCACCAUCCAGCCCAAUGGCAAGGUUUUUGUGAAUGGCAUCUAUGCUCAGUUACCCUUUUCAGCUGCUGGGAUCUCCGCCCUCAGAGCAUCCUCUUUCUACCUUCUGGUCCAGACAUCUGUUGGUGUUUUGUUGGAGGUGCAGCUGCAGCCAGUCAUGCAGCUUUACAUGACAGUGACCAGUGACUACCAGGCCAAAACCUGUGGCCUGUGUGGGAACUUCAAUGGUAACCAGGCUGAUGACUUUCUUAAGCUGAGUGGUGUUCCAGAUGCCACAGCAGUUGGUUUUGCCAAUAGCUGGAAGACACAUGCUAGCUGCCCCGAUGUUAAGAGCAACUUUGACAAGCCCUGCAGUCUUAGUCUGGAUAACGAGAAGUACGCCCAGCACUGGUGCUCCAUGUUGAGUGACCCUAAGGGAGUGUUUGCCUCCUGCCACUCAGAGAUCAGCCCUGACACUUACAAAGAGAACUGCAUGUAUGACAGCUGUAACUGUGAGAAAAGUGAGGACUGCAUGUGUGCUGCAGUCUCUUCAUAUGUCCAUGCCUGUACAGCAGCAGGGAUCCAGAUCACCGGCUGGAGGAAGACCAUCUGUGGAAAGUAUGCCAGUUCCUGCCCCAGAGGCAUGGUCUACUCCUAUAACAUUACAUCCAGCAGUCGCACCUGCCGGUGCAUCAGCACGACAGAUGCCAGCUGUCACAUCUCCUUCCCACCCAUCGAUGGCUGUGUUUGUGCUGAAGGAAGCUACCAAGAUGACUCUGGGAACUGUGUCCCAUAUCAAAUGUGUCCCUGUUAUGACAGAGGAGCAGUUGUGCCUCCUGGACAAGUCAUCAACAAGGACGGAGUCAUGUGCACUUGUAAGGAAGGCAAACUAAACUGCAUUGGAGAGUUCAUUAUACAGCCAGCGGCCUGUGCUCCUCCCAUGGAGUUCUUCAACUGCUCUGCUAGUGGUCCAGCUGCAAAAGGAACUGAGUGUGAGAAGAGCUGCAACACAUUAGACAUGGCUUGUGUAAGCACGGGGUGCAUCUCAGGCUGUAUGUGUCCAUCUGGGAUGGUAUCUGAUGGUAAAGGAGGCUGUAUCAAGCCAGAGUCCUGUUCCUGUGUUCACAACGGUAUUUCCUAUCAGCCUGGAGAGACCACCAAGGUGGACUGCAACACCUGCACUUGUAAAAACAGGAAGUGGCAGUGCACUACCAACCAGUGUGAUGGAACCUGCUCUAUAUAUGGUGAUGGACAUUACAUGACUUUUGAUCAGAAGCGCUUCACAUUUGAUGGCGACUGUGAAUACAUCCUCACUGAGGACUUCUGUGGUAGUGCUGAGAGUAAUGGAUCAUUCAGAGUGAUCACUGAGAAUGUUCCAUGUGGAACCACAGGAACUACCUGCUCCAAGACCAUCAAGGUCUUUCUGGGGAGCACAGAACUGAUUCUAACAGAGGGAAACUACCAACUGCUUUCAAAAGAAAAUGAAGAAGCAGUUCCAUUCCGCUACAGUACUGUGGGCAUCUACCUGGUAGUUGAAGCCAACAAUGGCCUCAUUCUUAUUUGGGACAGGAAGACCACAUUGUUCAUCAAGCUCAGCCCAAAAUAUAAGGGUCGGGUGUGUGGGCUGUGUGGCAACUACGACAACAAUGCAAAUAAUGACUUCACUACAAGGUGCCAUGCUGUGGUGGUCAAUCCUCUUGCAUUUGGGAAUAGCUGGAAGAAUUCACCAAGCUGCCCCGAUGUUAAGAGCAUAACCGUCCCCUGCACAGCUAACCCAUAUAGGCACUCGUGGGCCCAAAAAAAGUGUAGCAUCAUACAGAGUGAUGUCUUUUCUGCCUGCCACUCCAUUGUGGAUCCUGCUCCAUACUAUGACGCAUGUGUGUUUGACUCCUGUGCUUGUGACACUGGUGGAGACUGUGAGUGCUUCUGCACUGCUGUGGCAGCUUAUGCUGAAUCCUGUAAUCAAGCUGGCAUCUGUAUACGAUGGAGAACCCCAAAGAUCUGUCCUCUAUUCUGUGAUUACUACAAUCCCCCUGAUGAAUGUGAGUGGCACUACAUGCCAUGUGGAUUUCCUUGCAUGAAAACCUGCAGGAACCCCUCAGGCAACUGCUCUCCACAGAUACCUCCUCUGGAAGGUUGCUAUCCAAAAUGCCCUCCUGCUAAACCAUACUUCAAUGAAGAUACAAUGACAUGUGUUUUGAAAGAACACUGUGGCUGCUACGAUAAAGGGGGGAGACAUUUCAAUGAUGGUGACACAGUGCCAACAACUGAAAACUGCCAUACGUGUACAUGCAGUGCAAUGACCAUCCGAUGUCACUUUGAUGCCCAAGCCUGUACUUGUACAUAUAAUGGAAACAAAUAUCGCCCUGGCAGUACCAUCUAUAACACAACAGAUGGACAUGGUAACUGUAUCACAGCAAUCUGUGGAAACAAUGGUACCAUUGACAAGGGGUCAUACCCAUGCCCAACACCUACACCGACAACACCUAUGUCCACUGCAGCCACUGCUACAACCAGCCGGUCUCAAACCACGUUUGUUUUUACAACAACUACACCAGAAAUAGUCACAGGCACACCAAAGUCUGAAACAACUGCAAUUACACAACCCAUUGUAAAAAUAACAACAACAACUGAGAAACCUACAACAACUAUGCCAAGCACUACACCGUCUUCCACCACUGCAACUACAACUACAACACCUUCAACUACAACAUCCCAAACACAGACUACCACAACUGAAACAACUACAACUCUGACACCUACAACAUUUACCGAGCCAACUCCAACGUGUCCUGGGGGACAUACGAUGUGUAGCUGGUCAGACUGGAUCAAUCUGGGCAAACCCACACCAGGCCCUAACGGUGGAGAAGAUGAAUCCAUCCAGAAUAUCAUCAACGCUGGUUAUCAUGUUUGUUCAAAACCAGAAGAGGUCCAGUGUAGAGCUGUUGCUUACCCAGGUGUUCCCUUGUCACAGCCUCUACCACAACUAAAAAAACAACUACAACUCAAACACCUGCAACAACUACUCCGACCACUACACCGUCUUCCACCACUGAGCCAACUCCAACGUGUCCUGGGGGACAUACGAUGUGUAGCUGGUCAGACUGGAUCAAUCUGGGCAAACCCACACCAGGCCCUAACGGUGGAGAAGAUGAAUCCAUCCAGAAUAUCAUCAACGCUGGUUAUCAUGUUUGUUCAAAACCAGAAGAGGUCCAGUGUAGAGCUGUUGCUUACCCAGGUGUUCCCUUGUCACAGCCUCUACCACAACAAAAAAAACAACUACAACUCAAACACCUGCAACAACUACUCCGACCACUACACCGUCUUCCACCACUGCGCCAACUCCAACCUGUCCUGGGGGACAUACGAUGUCCUCUACCACAACAAAAAAAACAACUACAACUCAAACACCUGCAACAACUACUCCGACCACUACACCAUCUUCCACCACUCAGCCAACUCCAACGUGUCCUGGGGGACAUACGAUGUCUGGUCCGACUGGAUCAAUCUGGGCAAACCCACACCAGGCCCUAACGGUGGAGAAGAUGAAUCCAUCCAGAAUAUCAUCAACGCUGGUUAUCAUGUUUGUUCAAAACCAGAAGAGGUCCAGUGUAGAGCUGUUGCUUACCCAGGUGUUCCCUUGUCACAGGAUGGUGAAAUUUGGAAAGAAGGCAAGUGUCGCACAGGAAAAUGUGAGAAUGGCAAGGUGACCUAUACCAAGGCACUCUGUCCAACUCAGAAGCCUUUAGUGUGCACAAACAACUUCCCUGCUAUUGAAGUGCAGGAUGAUGGUGAUGAAUGCUGCACUCACUAUGAAUGCCAGUGUACCUGCUAUGGUUGGGGCGACCCACAUUAUGUUACCUUCGAUGGAACCUACUAUAAUUUUCAAGGCAACUGUUCCUACUGGCUGGUGAAAGAGAUCUUGCCCAAAUACAACUUCAGUGUUAUGAUAGAUAACUACUACUGUGGUGCACUUGAUGGCUUAUCCUGUCCUCAGUCCAUCACUAUCUUCUACCAGAACUACAAGAUAUUUAUUACACAGAAGGAUAUCAAUGGCAAUUUCACAAAUCAGGUUUUGGUGAAUGACAGGCCUGUAAGCCCUGCAUACCAGAAUCAUCUUCGUGACUUCCGUGUCACCACCACUGGUAUUAAUACAGUGGUCAUCAUCCCAAAAAUCAAUGCCAAGAUUACCUUCUCAGGGCUUAUGUUCAGUAUCUACCUGCCCUACAGUGAAUUUGGCGGCAACACCCAAGGGCAGUGUGGUACAUGUGACAACAACCGGACAGAUGACUGUAUGUUGCCCAGUGGCAGAGUUGAUCCUUCAUGCCCUCAUAUGGCACAUGAAUGGCAUGCUAACAACAGCAACUGUGAACCUCCCUUCCACCCCACACCAGUCCCUACACCUAAUCCCUGCGAUUCAACUAUCUGUGAGAUCAUCAAGAGCAGUGUGUUUGAAAAGUGCCACAAGGUCGUUGACUACACUCCAUUUAUUGUGGCCUGCGAGUUUGAUGUGUGCCACAUGCACAUUAAUCACAUUGGCUGCAUCAGCUUGCAAACCUAUGCUGACGCCUGUGCUGAGUCUGGAGUGUGUAUCGAUUGGAGGAAUGCCACCAAAGGAGUCUGUGAAUAUAGAUGUCAAAGUCCCAAAGUGUACAAGGCCUGUGGCCCUCUAGUGGAGCCUACCUGUGAUUCUUGGUACAACCAGAAGUUCAUCAUUGACAUCAACGAAUUCAGUAGAAUGACAGAUAUAAGGCUGGAGGGUUGCUACUGCCCAGAAGGCACCACCCUCCUCUCUUCCAACUCAAAUGAAUGUGUGCCCAACUGUGGUAAGAGCAGAUAG